GAGGAUUACUCAGAGGCAGAUGAUGAUAUGGAAGCAGUGAUCUGAUCAAUCCUCUAAAUCACCUAUACACAGUUUUUUUUACUUGGAUUUUAACCAUGGGACCAUAUGAGGCAGGAUUGCAGAAGAGAAGCCGAACCAAAAGUUGUGGGGAAUAUCAGCACUCCAGCAAGACUUUCUCUCAGCGCAGACAGUCAGCACCUUCUGUUAUUCUCAGCAAAGCCCUUACAAAGUCAAAAUCUGUUGCAAGGGAUUGCACAUCUCAGGUUAGCCAGGACAUUUUUGCCCUGAUCCAGUCUCUGCUCAGCCCAACCAGGAAACUCAUUUGCCAAGGAAAUGUGGUGCUGCAGACAGGCCUUCAAAACCAGGACAGAUUCCUGAUCCUCUUCAAUGAUCUUCUCAUCAUCACCAAGGCCAAGUCAGUAAUGCAGGUGAAGCAGAAGAAGUGUGUGCGUGUUAGUGAGAUGUGGACAGCCAGCUGUGUGGAUGAGGUGUGUGAGGCCAGUACUGCUUCAGAGAGAAGCUUCGUCAUGGGCUGGCCAACUUACAACUGUGUGGCUACUUUUAGCACUUCAGAAGAGAAAGACAGGUGGCUGCCUCUCAUUGAAAGUUGCAUACAAGAAGAAAAAAAGAGUGAUGAUCCAAAGAUGAUUCCACUCAAGAUAUUUGCAAAGGAUGUUGGGAACUGUGCCUAUGCAAAGACUCUUUUUAUCAGCAACACAGACUGCACCUCUGAUGUCAUUAGCACAGCACUGCAACUGUUUGGUCUUUCGGGUGGAGUAAAAGAUUACAAGUUGUGGGUGUGUUCAAAACAAGAUGAAACUCCAUACCCUUUAAUUGGUCAUGAGUGUCCUUACAGCAUUAAGAUGAGCCACAUUCGCCUGCUGCAGCAAGAGGCAGUGACAUCAUCCUACAGCCAGAUGGCGCUUUUUGCCAAUUGA